CCAGUGCUGCUGCAGACUCUGGAAGAUAACUGUUUCAAACGAAUCAGUUCAGUCUGGUGAUUGGUGAACUGAUUCAUACAGUUCACUGAAAAGAACGAUUUGUUCAUGAUCUGGACAUAACUAAUAUCUGAUCUGCUGGAGGAGAAGCUAUGAAAAGUUCCUCUGUGCAAGACAGAAGAUAAAAUGCACUUUAACCAUAGACUGGCAGGACUUACAAGAAUAUAAAUGACUGAACUCGCCAAGUAAGCAGUUUGCAAAGCAAGCAGGUCCCUGACACAAGAAUUUUGAAGCACUCCAUGUUUUAAAAAGAAAACCACAUCAACAAGACAAUGCCGUCAUCUGCAAACUUGCAAACACCGGAAAGCAUUGUCCUGCUUGGUGCCGUCACCCUCCUUGGGAUACUGGAACAAGCAUACUUUGCUCUACAAGUUAUUGCAGCCAGACGGAAAUAUAGUGUCUCGCCACCCAAGACAGCUGGUCCUCCUGAAUUCGAAAGAGUCUUCCGAGCUCAGGUAAAUUGCUCUGAAUAUUUCCCUAUGUUCCUGGCAGCACUCUGGAUGACUGGGGUAUUCUUCCAUCAAGGUACAGCUGCAGUCUGUGGACUACUGUACCUUGCUGCGCGGUUCUGCUACUUUGAAGGCUAUAAAACAUCAGCACAGGGGAGGCUGGGUCCUAUGUAUCUCAAUGCCGGAGUACUCUGGUGUCUUAUUGGCCUGUCUGCAAUAGGAAUACUCCAUACAAUGUCUUCACAUUAUCUUGGUAUUAAGAUACUGUGAGUCUGUGAAUGAUUAUACAAGCUGACCACCAAUGACAGGAUAAUGUCAUAAUAAUACAUUAGAAUUGACUCUUUCCAACUCUACAAAACAUCACUUAACCAAAAGAUUAUUUAGCCUGGGAUGAAUAUUAGUCUGCAUUGUUAAACUUUAAGCCAUGAUGAUGAGUCUGCAAGAUGGCUGGUUUGUGAGUAAUGUAUUUAUACCUAUAAAGCAAAAUGGAAUCUGUCAGGCUGUCUCCAGUGCAGUUGGGUGUCGCAGUCAUCUAAUUACUGCUUUAUUUAUCUACAACCCUUUUUAUUUUUAACACUACAACCUUUGUUAUGCAUGUACAUUACAUAUCAGCAAUUAUAAAACAUUUAAACAUUAAUUUUGUUUUAAAAGUUUGCAUUGUUUUUCAGACCAGAGGUAUACAUGUGUCACCAGUUAGGGGCAUAUAUAAAUAACUCCUAUAGCGAUCAAGAAAUCACUGUAUAGUAUGUUUUAGGGUCAUAAUAUAAAGUCUGCAGUAUGAACUAAAGUCUCUCAGGGGACAAAGAAAAAAAGGUUUUCACAUCACAGUUUAAUAAUUGGGAAAGCAACAAUUCAAACAAUUUAAUAUUUAUUUAUUUUUUAAUGUUUAUAAUUACAUUUUUUACAAUAAAUAAAACAGACUUUAAUAUUCCAUAAUCCUAACAAAGAAAAUAUAGCGCACACUUACUAAUUUACUUUUUUGCUACAGUCACAAAUUCCUGAUUAGAGGAGUUUUGUAUUAUGACUUAAAGGGACAUUAAACCCAAAAAUUGUCUUUCAUGAUUCAGGUAGAAAAUACAAUUUUAAACAACAUUCCAAUUUACUUCUAUUAUCUAAUUUGCUUCAUUCUUUAGAUAUCCUUUGUUAAAGAAAUAGCAAUGCACAUUGUUGAGCUAAUCACAUGAGGCAUCUAUGUGCAGCCACCAAUCAGAAGCUACUGAGCCUAUCUAGAUAUGCUUUUCAGGAAAGAAUAUCAAGAGAAGGAAGAAAAUUAGAUAAUAAAAGUAAAUUAGAAAGUUGUUUUAAAUUGUAUUCUCUAUCUGAAUCAUGAAAGAAACAAAAUUGGGUUUAAUGUCUCUUUAAAGGGACAGUUUACUCAAAAAAUUUCUCCCCUUUAAUUUGUUCCUAAUGAUCCACUUUACCUGCUGGAGUGUAUUAAAUUGUUAACAAGUAUUUCCAUUACCCUUAUAUUGGCAUUUGAAAUAGUUUAUUUAGCCUGUGGUAUCCCCACCCAUCCUGAAAGUUUUUGGCCUCAAGGCCAAGCUGUGUUAACACAGCCAGUAGAAGAAAUUACACUCCCAGUGGGUUAAAGAAGAGAUAAUGUAAUACAAUGUUAAUUUUCCAUUGUUCUCUCCAAGUAUUGGUGAUUGGUUUAUGGACAGAUAUAAGAUAAAGAAGCAUGUAUAUGUACACAAUGUGAUAAAGUAAUGAGAUCUGAUAAUACCUACAAGCUCAACCCAUUUUAUUAGGUUGUGGCUUAAACACACAAAAUCAGCUCAUUCUUAUACACAAAAAAGCCUCAAAAAAGCAAAUCUCAUACAUUUUAUACUCCGCAGCUGGUAAAAAAGUAAUUGGAAACACAUUAAGGGAAAAACUAUUUUAUAGUAUACUGGAAGUAGAUCUUUGUUAACCUGAAAGUUAAACCCCAUAACUAUUUUGUGUGGAAGUAACUGCCAAGCACACACAGGUCUGGCCUGGCUAAGACAAAUUAUCGUCUCAUACUUCAGUUAGUGUAAAAUUCCUAUACAGUGUUGAUUUUUCUUUAAUACCUUUUGUAUAUAAACAGCAACAAUAAAGAUGUGAGAUUAUCAUACAA